UACUAAAUUCAUAGGAAGUAUGGUUUAAAGAAAUAGAAAUCUAAAAUUUGAUUAAGCUGAAUGCACUUACCGGAAAUGAUAUUGCAUUAUUUGUAAAACAUCAGAUAAGAGAGGCUCACGUUUAUCGGUUCUUUAGAAUCAAUUAAUCCACAAUAUUAGCAAAUAUGAAGUGGAACAAUGUGAAUAAGAUUUCAGUUGGUUUCGUCAUGCAUACCUUGGGGAUACUUUUAUUCGCGGUUUCUAUUGUCUCCGUUUCUCCAACUUCAUCAAUCUUUGCUGGUAAUGAUGCCGAGGAAGAUUCUUCAAACGCACAAAUUGUAGCUGGCAAUGAUACCGAGGAAGGUUUUCCAGCCACGCAAAUUGUUGGUGGCCAUGAUGCUCUAGAAGGCAAAUAUCCAUAUCAAGUAUCAAUACUUCAUAACUAUUCACCCUCAUGUGGUGGCUCCAUUAUUAAUAGUCGUUUUAUUCUUACUGCUGCACAUUGUAUUUAUAACAAAAACUUGAAAUCCAUCAAAGUUGUUGCUGGAACCAAUUUCUAUGCCCCAGGAAGGGGUGGUGUUACUUAUAACGCAGAAUCAUUAAUUUGGCACAGCGGCUACAAUAAAUACAGGAACUUAAAUGAUAUCGGUUUAAUACAGGUGGACAGAGAAAUUAUAUUCUUCAGCAAAAUUCAACCGAUUGCACUUGCAGAGACAUAUUACGUCGCUGCGGGUGAAAUUGUUGUUUUGACUGGGUGGGGAAGACUAACAAAAAACAACAUGUUAUUAACAAUUCCAUCUAAAUUACAAGAAAUUUACUUAUCUGUGAUGUCGCAAUCAAUGUGCGAGUCGUUGGUUUGGGAAGUGACGAAAAAUAACAUAUGCACGAACACGACGUUAAGUACAGGUGCUUGCUUCGGUGAUUCCGGUAGUCCUGUGGUUUUGAAUGGUGUACAAAUUGGAAUUGUUUCCUAUGGUCACCCCUGCGCAUUAGGCUAUCCUGAUGUUCAUACCAGGGUAUCACCGUACGGUAGUUGGAUAACAUUACAUGCUAUAAAUCAUGGUUACCUGAAUAGGUGGAGUCUAUUGUUACUUGGAAUAUCAACACUUGUAUCAUAUUCGUAUUCGCUAUCGUAGAAAUAUCAAUCUUUUGAGAAUUGAA